AAGUUGCACUGGAGUUCAAGCGUGGUGUCCUGUUGCGUGAUCUCCCGCAGCUAUCCUCAGGAAACCAACCACCUCUAUUCACUGACCGUCAGCGCUGAGCGCCACAGCCAAGUGCGCUGCGCUGUGUCCAGUCUGCUCUGGAGGGGGAAAACAUCAGGAAUAAAACUCGUCUUAUAUUUGAUAUUUGAAACCUCGGAGUCACCAGAGAUGAUGAAUUUUAUCCUCAUCUGCCUGCUAUGUGGAUUGUAUGGUGUUCUUGCAAAAGACAAAGAUCAGAAGGGGAAGUACAGCGUUCCUAUUCUGGAUGUGAAAACCCGGCAGCUGGUUCAUGACAUCAACCAGACACUACUGCUCGGCUGCAGGGGUCGCUGGGAGCUGACAUGGGCGUUCCCAUCAGGUUUGGCCAGAGAUCAGGUGCAAGUAAAGGAGUCUCGCUGUAGCAAGACGAGCCAGCAGUACUGCAGCCAAGUGAUGGUGAGCAGCGCGCAGGCCCAGCACACCGGCCUGUUCCGCUGCAGGUACCGACACCGACCCCGGAAACAGACCUCCAUCUAUGUAUAUGUCACAGACAGCCAGCAGCCAUUUGUGGAACAUCCGGGUAUGAGCCCAGAUGUGUUGUACAUGAAGGAGAAGCAGCCGCUGGUCAUCCCCUGCCGGGUCACACACCCUAACAUCACCACCACACUCGUCAAGUUCCCCAGUCACAGCCUGAGUCCAGACCAGAGGAACAUCAUCUGGAACAGCAAGCAAGGCUUCACCAUCCGAACCCCCACCUUCUACUACAUCGGCCUCUUCUACUGCCAGACAAUCACUAAUGGCAUCACACACAAGUCACGUGUAUACUUUAUACACAGACCAGUGAGUAACAUCAUGGAGGUGUAUCUGAACAGCAGUGGACCUGUGCAGGCCCUGAAGGGGGAGAGACUGGUCAUGAACUGCACCGCCACCGGGGAGUUGAACACCAGAGUGAACAUCACCUGGGACUACCCUGGAAAGAUUAACAACACCGGCUCCACCUACAAGAGGCUCCUGAAACACAGAACGCACAUGCUGUUCUACAACAUUCUGACCAUCCCGAAGCUCCAGCGUUCAGACCGAGGCCUCUACACGUGCCGUGUGACCAGCGGGGAAAACACCAAACAGCAGCAAGUCACUGUUACUGUGUAUGACCGUCCGUUUAUUCGCCUGAAGCCCAGGCAUGAAUCUGUGAUGGAGGUACAGGCAGGACAGAAAUCUUACAGAAUCUCUCCCAAACUGCGAGCGUACCCUGCACCUGAAGUCAUCUGGUUGAAGGAUGGCAAGGUGGCAGCAGAGCAGUGCUCCAGAUACCACAUGGAUGGGAGUUCCCUGGUGAUACGGGAUGUGGCAGAGGAGGAUGCUGGGAAGUACACCAUCCUGGUACGAAACCAGGAACAUGGACUCUUCCAGAAUCUAACGCUCACACUUGUGGUCAAUGUGAGUCCUCAGAUAGGGGAGAAAGCGGUGUCGUUGCAGGACCCGGGCUCAGUGCCACGGGGGAGCAGACAAGCCCUUCACUGCACGUCCCACGGAGUCCCUCCCCCGCAUAUCCAGUGGCUUUGGCAUCCCUGCCCGUCCAAAGGCCUGUGUGUGUGUCCAGCAUCUUCCUCGCUAUGGAGCCCUGUGACCGAGAGAGUCCCCGCCACUUCCACAAGCAACCACAUCCUGAGUAUUACGCACAGGCAGGAAGUGCUUCAAGGGAAGCAAAAGACAGUGGGGGUCCUGACUGUGGCAGAGGCCUUUGUGUCCGGAGUGUAUUGCUGCGUCGCCUCAAACUCUGCAGGCACAGACCAGCUCAACAUCCACUUCUACGUCACAGACGUCCCGGGGGGCUUCAGUGUGAGCCAGAGGGAUGAACCUAGAGAGGGUGGAGACCUGCAUCUCACCUGCGAGGCCAAUAAGUACCUGUUCACAGCGCUGUCAUGGCAACGGGUGAAUGACACAGAGGACGGCCAAUCCCGCAGCCUUGCCCUGAGCAGUCAGCAGCUCACAUCGGGGGAGUUUUCCAAUGCUCUGAUCCUGUUGCUAAGCAACCUGACAGCCAGAGACUCUGGAGCCUACAGAUGCUCCGCCCGCCACCUGAUCACCGGACAGGAGACACACCAGGAUGCACAGGUGGUGGUCACAAUUUUGGAGCCUCCGGUGCUGCUUGAUAAUCUGACCGACUAUACCGUCAACGUCAGCAGCUCAGUGAUCCUUAGCUGUCCCUCUCAGGGUGUCCCACCCCCGACCAUCACAUGGUACAAGGAUGAACGUGCUCUGUCUCAAGGAUCAGGUAUUGUGAUAUCACCAGAGGAUGGCACCCUCCAUAUUGAUCGAAUCACAGUGGAGGACCAGGGCCUGUAUACAUGCCAGGCCACCAAUGAGAGGGGGUCUGCAGAGAGCUCUGCCUAUAUAUGGGUCAACGGUGCCUCAGAAGCCUCAUUCCUGGAGAUUCCCACGCUCACCUGUACCUGUGUGGUGGCCACUCUCUUCUGGCUUUUGCUCACACUCUUCAUACGCAAACUGAAACAGCCCAACAGCUCAAACACCAAACCAGAGUACCUGUCAAUCAUUCUGGACAGAGGAGACGGGCCAAUAGAGGAGCAGUGUGAGAGACUCCAGUACGACCCCAACCAAUGGGAGUUCCCCCGGGAGCGGCUCAAAUUAGGGAAACCUCUGGGCCGUGGAGCCUUCGGUAAGGUGAUGCAGGCGGCUGCGUUUGGUAUAGACAACUCCACCGGCUGCAGCACUGUGGCUGUGAAGAUGCUCAAAGAGGGAGCCACAGCCAGCGAACACAAAGCUCUGAUGACUGAGCUGAAGAUCCUCAACCACAUUGGACAUCACUUAAAUGUUGUCAACCUGCUAGGAGCCUGCACCAAGCCGGGAGGACCACUGAUGGUAAUUGUCGAGUACUGUCGUCAUGGAAACCUCUCUACCUUCCUAAAGGGUAAACGAGAGGUGUUUGUGCACGACACGCUGGCUGGAGGAAAGGAUGGAGGGCUAGGAUGUGUCAGCAACAUGUCUGAGUUUGAUGAGAGGCACAAGGAAGAGAGUGACCCAGAGGCCAAAUCUGCCUCCAACUCUCCUUUAUUCCUGGAGGAUCUUAUCUCCUUCAGCUUCCAGGUGGCACGAGGGAUGGAGUUUCUGGCCUCACGCAAGUGUAUUCACCGAGACCUGGCAGCCAGGAACAUUUUGCUUUCUGACAAUAAAGUGGUGAAGAUCUGUGACUUUGGCCUGGCCAGAGACAUCUACAAAGACCCCGACUAUGUUCGCAAGGGAGAUGCCCGCCUCCCUCUGAAGUGGAUGUCUCCAGAGUCCAUCUUUGACAAGGUUUUCACCACGCAGAGUGAUGUGUGGUCCUACGGCAUUCUGCUGUGGGAGAUCUUCUCUUUGGGUGCUUCCCCGUACCCUGGUCUUCACAUAGAUGAAGAGUUCUGCCACAGACUGAAGGUUGGAACAAGGAUGAGAGCGCCUGAAUACAGCACACCUGAGAUUUACAGCACGAUGCUGGCAUGCUGGGAGGCCAGUCCCUCAGAUCGACCAACCUUCACUGACCUGGUGGAGACCCUGGGAGACCUGCUGCAAGCCAGGGUUCAGCAGGAAGGGAAGGAUUAUAUUCCUCUGGGAUCUUUCAUAACCAGAGACACUGGUCGCAGUGAGACUUUCAAAGAAAGCCCACUCGCAGUCACAAACCUAAGUUACAUGAGGGGAAUGGCCACACUUCAGACGUUUGAGGAACUCUCCUGCGAGGAGCCAGACAGCCCUGAUGAUGAGCAGAGUGACAGUGGCAUGGUCCUACCAUCUGAGGAGCUGAAGGAUCUCACGUGGAACAACAACACCAUGAACAAGAAACUCAGCAGGUUCUUUGCCUUCACUAAGAGCCGGGACAACCAGGUGCCUUUCCUGUGCAGUGACAUCACAGGUCUCUGUGACCACAAGCCUUCUAUCGUACCAUGUGACUGGGAGUCUGAUGAGGACAGCUCCCCUCCUCCGGACUACAACUCUGCUUUUCUCUACCCCUCCCUCUAGCAUCUGUUCUUAGACAUAUUCACACAGGGUAUAUACAGUAUUUUUCUGCUCAUAAUUUUAAGUCAACUAGAACUUGUUCUGCUCUAUCAACUGUGCAUCCUCUACCUCAUUAUAAUAUCUACGUAUACUCUUCCUUUUCCUCCUUCAACCAAACUUAGAGAUAAGUUCUUUAUGUGUAACUCAAAACAUCCCUUUGCUUCUCUUCAGUUCCCCAAACCAUAUGCUGGUGUACAACAAAGCCUCUAAUGUAUCACAGUAAUAUCUUGCAUUAUCACACAUAACCCUUCCAAGAGCAGCUACUCUUAGUAUUACCAGAUAGUACUUAUGCACUUAUGCAGAAUGUAUUUGCUGAUACAACUAUUAGAGCGUAUUGUAUUGGUACCUCGUGCUGAGCUUUGUGAAGAGGAACACUGCUGUAUGAAAUAAUGGUUCCUUCUACACAGCUACCAUAUGCUGGAAAAAAAAAGUAAUUAUCCACCGAAUUAAGUAUGUGUUAAGACAGGAAUGUAUCAAUCUGUAUUUAUUUUAAUGCUGUAAUCGUUUCAUGGAUGGUCUGUAUCUCACUGUGAAUGUGAAUAUAUGCUCAGUUACCAGUUUACGUUAAUGAAAAUUAAAAUGUUUGGUGUGAUUUAAACUGAUUUAAAAAGGUGCUGAUUUAUCCACCUCAAAUAGUAUCAGUGAAGAUGGACAAAAUAUAAGAAAUAAAAAACUGUCAGUAAUAUAAACUAGUCUGCAAAAUCAUAAGAGUUAAAUUAUUUCUCUAUAACAGUUUCAACAAAAAUAUUGUAACCUUUAUUAUCAAAGGAUUGCAGACCUCAUAAACUGGCAACUGAGUUUAUAUUUAAUUCUGUAUUAUGCAUCACAAAGAAUUGAAUCAUCCAUAAAUAAACAGAUAUACAUGUCCUCA